AUGUCACUGGAUUAUUAUCAAUCAAUAUUUGAGAAUACUACAACUAAUCCAACAAAUAAUCUAACAGCAAAUAAUUCAAUUUAUAAUACAAUAUAUGGUAAUUCAAAUAUUAUUAAUAAUAAUAAUAAUAAUAAUAAUAUUAAUUCACAAAACUUCAAUCAAUAUAAUUCAAUAACUAAUAAUAAUAACGAUUAUGAGGAUUUAUUAAAAAUUGAUUCAAUAAAUAAUAAUAAUAAUAAUAAUAGUAAUAGUUCUAAUACUAAUAAUGGGAAUUAUACUUCUAUUAAUGAAUUACCAUCAGCAAUUCAAAAUUCAAGUUCGAAUUAUUCACCAACAACUUCAUACAAUUCUCAAAAUUCAUCAAUAACUAAUUCUUCUUCUUCUUCAAGAUCUCAACCAUCUACUUCUUCAACUUCAAAUUCAAAUUCAAAUACAAAUCAAUUGAUUGAUUCGGUGCAAUUUAAUGAUGAAAUAUUUUUUAAAAAUAAUUAUUUCCAUACUUCAUCUUCAAUAAACAAUGAAUUAGAAUUAAUGAGAAAAGAACAACAACAAGAACAAGAUAAAGAAGAUUUUAAUACUAAUAACAAUAUACCAUCAGAAGUGUUACAAUUAAGAAAUUUUAAAAAACAUCAAGAAUUUUUAAAUGAUAUUAUAGUUGAUAAUAAUAAUCAAAAUAAUAAUAAAUUAGAUGAAGAACAAAUUAGUAAUUUAUCAACAAGUUCUUUAUUAAAUAAUAAUAACAAUAGUAAUUAUCAAAAUCAACGUGGUACUCCAAAUACUUCAAUAAGUUCAAUAUCUUCGUCAACUUCAACUAAUUUAUUAAAUUUAGGAGGUAAUGAUCAUCAACAACAACAACAACAACAACAAAUAACUCCAAAAAUUCCAACGACUCCAAGUUUUCCACAAUCUAAUUUUCCAAAACCAGCACCACCAGCACCACCACAACAACAACAACAACAGAGUCAACAACAACAUAAAAGACAAAAUUCAAAUACUAUUCCAAUUGAUCAAUUAACUUCAUUAAGUUUAAGAACUCCAAUCAAUAACUUAAAACAAAGUCCAUUGGAUUCAUUAAUGAUUGAUCAAUUACAAGCGCAACGUUUACAAAAUUUACAUCAACCUAAUUUUGAUCAAAUACAAGAAGAUAAUAUUACAGAACAACAAAUUUAUCAACAGCCACAACCACCACAACAGCAAGUACAACAAACUUCUCCAUUAUCAUUAGAUCAAUCAUCAAGUUUGAUUAACUUGGAUCCUAAGACAAUUGCUGAAGCAGCAGCAGCAGCAGCAGAAGCAUGUUCAGGCUCAACUAGAAAUUCCAUAGGCUCAAAUUCAUCAAAUAAUGAAAAUAACACUAAUAAUAAUGAUGAAGAAUUAAUGAAUGAUGAAGGUACUAUAAAUCCAUUACAGUUAUUUAAUUAUAAAUUAACUACAUCAUUAUCAUCACCAAGUUUAAGUACUAUACUUGGAACAAAGCAACAAAUUUCACGUCAAAAUUAUCAACAACAACAACAGUUCCAGCAACAACAACAACCACUACAACAACAGCAACAAAUCCAAUUCCAAAAACAACAACAACAAAUCCAGCAAUUCAACUUACUCCCCUCACAAAACCAACCACCACAACAACAACAACAGUACAUUCAACAAAACUCUUCAAUACCUCAAACUUUAACAUCACCACUUCAACAGAAAUUCCCUUCAACACACAAUAGAAGUGUAUCAACGUCCCAAAUAGAUUUCAAAUUUUCAGAUGAGACAUCAUCAUCAUCAUCAAAUUUAAAUGAUUGGUUUACUGGUAUAAAUUCAACUACAACUUCAACAACAAAUAAUAAUAAUUCAUUAAAUGCAAUAAUUGAUGAAAAUUUAGAUUUAGAUCCUUUAAGUUCAAUAACAAAAGUUCCAAUAAAACCUUCAUCAAAACAUAGAUCUUAUUCUUAUACUAAUGGAAUGCAUAGUAGUAGAAAUAAUACAAGAAGAAAUUCUAUACAAUUUGGGAAUAUUAAUGUUGGUUCUUCACAAAAUUUUGUUAAUUCUUUAGGUAGUGAUUCAAUUGAACAAAUCAAUCAAUUUCAACAACCACCGCCUCAACAACAACAACAAUCACCACAAUUAAAAGAACAACAACUUACGACAUCUUUACAAAAUUCACCAACUAAUUUAUCAUCAUCAACUUUCAAUAUUAAAGAAGAUGAAUUUUUAAAUAAUUCCAAUUAUAUAAUUGAUUCAACCAAUCAAUUACCAGUUCAACAAAAGAAAAAAAGAAGAAAAAGUUCAGUAACUAAUCCAAAAACUUCAACUUCAACAACUACAUCAACUACAGUAAAACAAGAAGAUCCACAAUUCCAAACCCAUUCCCCAUCAAUUUCUCCAACAACUUCCAACACUUCAAAACCCAAACCAACAAAAUCAAAAUCAAAAAAAGAUCCAAAAUCAAUAACAAUAACAAAAGAAUCAUCAUCAACUUCAGAAUCAUCAACUACAACAAUUUUACAAAAUCAACAAGGUUCAUUUCCCUGUAUAGAUUGUGAUAAACAAUUUAAAAGAUCAGAACAUCUUAAAAGACAUAUAAGAUCAGUUCAUUCAAAUAUUCGACCAUUUUGUUGUAAAUAUUGUGAUAAAAAAUUUUCAAGAUCUGAUAAUUUAGCUCAACAUUUAAAAACUCAUAAUAAAAUUGAUUCUCAAGGUAAUUGUUAUAUUGUUUAUGGAAAUAUUAAUAAUCAUAAAAGAGAUAAUAAAAAAAAUGGAUCUAUUAGUAAAAAAAAAUAA